UUCCAGGCUCACAUUAAAUUUCCUAUUGAUUAUCCAUAUUCACCACCUACCUUCAGAUUCCUGACCAAAAUGUGGCACCCCAACAUUUAUGAGAAUGGAGAUGUAUGUAUUUCAAUUCUUCAUCCACCUGUAGAUGACCCACAAAGUGGAGAGCUGCCAUCUGAGAGGUGGAACCCUACACAAAAUGUCAGGACUAUCUUACUGAGUGUAAUCUCUUUGCUUAAUGAGCCCAACACAUUCUCUCCUGCCAACGUGGAUGCAUCAGUCAUGUUCAGGAAAUGGAGGGACAGUAAAGGAAAAGACAAGGAGUACGCUGAAAUCAUAAGGAAACAGGUUUUGGCUACCAAAGCCGAGGCAGAGAAGGAUGGUGUGAAGGUCCCCACUACGCUGGCAGAGUACUGCAUCAAAACUAAAGUGCCUUCCAAUGACAACAGUUCAGAUUUGCUUUAUGACGACUUGUACGACGACGACAUUGAUGACGAAGACGAGGAGGAGGAGGAUGCCGACUGUUACGAUGACGAUGAUUCUGGCAACGAGGAGUCGUGACCUGCUCCCUCUAUGCCCCUGUACUGCCCUGCCGACUCAGGCCAGAAGGGAGCAGCGGUAACCUAGCAGCAGUUCAGCAAAAAAAAGUGGGGGGGGG